UGACUGCUGUGGAGACGGCGGCGCAUCUAUGUGGUCCGCCUGACACUUGAUCGAGGGGAGAGAUGCGCCGCUAGCAGCUGCUUCGACGGGUUAGGGAAGGGAAGGGAAGGGCACACGGAACACGGGAAUCUCUCCCCACGCACUCCAGCCUCGCCAACCUGCUGCUGGACUUUCGCCGUCUUUCGUGUGCGCGCUCACGCAGACGCCGCGUGUUUUCGCCGUGGAAGAAGCGCAGAAGUGACACCUCACCACGAUCGUCUCUCGUAAGAAAUAAGAAGACCGCGCAUUGUUGGCUGGCUUUAUGUGGCGCGUCGGGGCUCGGUGGGAAUAUAGACAACACGUACUGCUUCGCGCUGCUAUUAUGGAUAAAUCGGGUAGGAAUGGAGAGGACAGUGGACUCUGGAAGCAAGUGAUGACAAUCAAUGACGACAUCCAUCUUUAAAAACAUUUUUCAUGGAUACCUAGUAAUGUGCUUAACAUAAAUCCUCUGCGGUAUAAUAUCAGUCAAUCCUCCCUCCGCCCCCCCUUCCACCCUCUCGGGUGUGCCUGACUGCUUCCUUGGCCCCAAACCCUGACACCUGCAGGCAACAGUGAGUGAUUGGUCAUUACAUCCAAGGGCGUCGACGCAGCAAGACAAAAAAACCCAGGGAGACCUGCUGCAGUUGGUGGUGGCAGGGUUGGUGAGUCAACCGCAUCAGCAGCCGCAGCAAAUGAUUCAUUAUUUGUGAAGUUAACAGCUCAGACCACUUAAUCUACAAGGACCAAUUUUUACUGGAGGGAAACGGUCCAAUAUGAAGGACGUGUCAUUUGUGGAUUGCCUCUUUGUCGGCUUGGCCAUGGCCUCUUUUGUUCUGGCCACAGAGGAGAGGCCUGAUUGCCCGAAGCUUUGUGUAUGCGAGAUUAGACCCUGGUUUUCUCCGAGUUCAGUGUACAUGGAGGCUCAGACAGUUGACUGUAAUGACUUGGGACUCUUUAGCCUGCCGGAACAAUUACCGGUGGGCACGCAAGUGCUAUUACUUCAAACGAACAAUGUUGCCAAGAUUGAACAACCAUUGGAUUACCUGGCUAACAUCACAGAGAUUGAUUUAUCACAAAACAAUCUAUCCUCGAUCAGUGAUGUGCACCUGGGGAAUCUUCCUCACCUGCUGUCCCUUCAUAUGGAGGAAAAUUGGAUACGAGAGUUGCCUGAGCAAAGUCUUGCUGAGGUGGCUAACCUUCAGGAGCUCUACAUGAAUCACAACCUCAUCUCCUCCAUUUCCCCGUUGGCUUUUCUGGGUCUCAGCAAACUUGUGCGCCUCCACCUCAAUUCCAACAAGCUGACGGCCAUCAAAAGAAAGUGGUUUGAGCCCAUGCCAAAUCUAGAGAUCCUAAUGAUUGGGGAGAAUCCUAUUCUUUCUAUUGAUGAUAUGAACUUCAAACCUCUGAUUAACUUACGCAGUCUGGUUCUCACAAGAAUGAACCUGUCUCAGCUUCCCGACGAUGCACUGGCUGGUCUUGAUAACUUGGAGAGCAUCUCGUUCUAUGAUAACGUUUUCGCUGAGGUGCCUCAUUCUGCCCUGAAAAAUGCAAAAAAUCUUAAGUUUUUAGAUUUAAAUAAAAACCCUAUUGCGAGGAUACAGAGAGGAGACUUUGUGGAUAUGCUCCAUUUGAAAGAACUAGGGAUUAAUAGCAUGCCAGAGCUAGUUUCCAUUGACAGCUUUGCCCUCAAUAACCUCCCAGAGCUGACCAAAAUAGAAGCCACCAACAAUCCUAAACUCUCUUAUAUCCAUCCUAAUGCUUUCUACAAACUACCGCGACUGGAAACCCUAAUGCUAAAUGGAAAUGCACUCAGUGCCCUUCACAGGAUUACUGUCGAGUCCCUCCCAAAUCUCAGAGAGGUUAGCAUGCACAGCAACCCCAUCCGCUGUGACUGUGUAGUCCGCUGGAUGAACAUGAACAAGACUAACCUUCGCUUCAUGGAGCCCGAUUCACUUUACUGUGUGGAGCCACCAGAGUACGAGGGUCAGCACGUCCGACAGGUGCACUUCAGGGAGAUGAUGGAGAUUUGUCUGCCACUCAUUUCUCCCGAAAGCAUGCCUGGGUACAUUAAAGCACAGAACGGGAGCUCUGUGUCACUCCAUUGUCGGGCCUUCGCUGAACCAGAGCCGGACAUCUACUGGAUCACCCCGUCUGGUACCAGAGUCCUGCCCAACACAGUGUCCGACAAGUUCUACAUGCACCCGGAAGGAACUUUUGACAUCUAUGAUAUAACAGAAAAUGAAGCAGGUCUCUACACUUGCGUUGCCCAUAAUCUGGUCGGAGCUGAUCUUAGAUCUGUUUCAGUAGAGGUGAACGGAUAUUUCCCCCAGCCAGCCAAUGGGUCUCUGAAUAUCCUAAUCAAGUCGGUGGAGACAAAUUCCAUAGUGGUCUCGUGGAAGGCUGGCCACGGCACCUUGGCUCCAAACAUUAAAUGGUACACGGGGUCAGAUUCCAACCAUCCGACCACAGCGUUCACCACCAGGGUUCCCUCCGACGUCCAGGUCUACAACCUCACACAUCUCACCCCCGCCACUCUGUACAAAGUCUGUGUGGAUGUCGGCAGCAUCAACUACAACCAUGACACCAAAUGUGUCAAUGUCACCACUAAGGGAUUAGAGCUGGCAGCCAAGGACACAGAAAAAUGGGACGCAGCAGUAAUCACUGUCUUUGGUGUGCUCUUGGCUGUGAUUUCAGUGGCGUGCCUGCUUAUUUAUGUGUCUCUGAGAAACCGUCACCUUUAUGGGGAUAUAAGGAAAUGCGACUCCAAAGCUUCCCUGACACCAGAGGAUGCAACCGGCAUGCACUCCCCUUUCUUUACAAAGCUGUGGGUUUCGGGUAAGGGACUGCCAAGUGGAGUCAAAGUGAAAGCCACGGUCAUAAAUGUAUCUGACAAUGCCUUUUAAGAAACGCAGCUUUGUAGAGCACCACACACCAACUACACUGAAUGGACAAGGCCAUGCAGGGGUGGAGAGAUCUAUAGUACUGUUUCAAAGGCCUACCCCUUGCUGAUCCCCGGCUGAGAUACACUGGCAAUCCUACUAUUGGACUGGGACGGAACAGUUUGAAAUAGACUACAUGCUCUCCCAGUUUCAACCCCAGAUCAAGUGGUGGCUUUGUAACCGUUACAUCAAACCAAGCUAAAUUCAACAGAAAGUGGCAUUUACCGCAUACCACGCAUACAGGAAUGCAGGCAGAGAAAAGAAAGUGAAGAUGAUGAUGGUCAACUCUCUUGUAAUUGACUGUUAAAUGUGUUCAGAUGUGUGGAACUGUCUGUGUGGUCCCAAGCAAUACCGUCUGUGCUUUGUCAAACAUCCAUAGACGAGUUAGAGAUACAGUUAUAACACCUGUCUAUUAUGGGAAGAGCGGUUUAGUAGAGUAGACAAAUUACAGUGACUAUGGUAUACGCCUUUUGAUGAAAUAUAAACCCCCUUUUUCUAUUUAAAAUGGAUUCUUGAUUUGUAAUGGAAAUAUUGUUAUAUAUUCUAUUAUGUUGAUGUAAUGACAAAUCAUCUGUAUCCAAACAGUUUAAAUGAGUUUUAAAUCAAGGCCAGGGGGAGACUACUUUUGAUUGCAACAUUGCAUUAAGCUUAAUGAAAUUCAGUUACAAAAUGGGUAUCUAGGGAGGACAUAUGCCAAACGGCUGUUUAUGCUGUGUAGUUCUCAUUGCAACAGUGACUAGGAAAUAAUAACGUGUUGGACUUAUUACAAAUAUAAUAGGUUGAUUAAAACUGGCGUGACUGAUGUGUUAUCUCCUCACAACGUGGUCUGUUAUGCCCUGGUAAGUGCCUACAACAAGAACUACACGAGGUAAACAGAGAAGAGACAAGAAACAGCAAAACAUAGUCAAGUCAUCAUUGUAGAGUCACAAGCUAUUUCCCGUACUUUUAGUGGAAAUACUUUCUCAGUAUUUUUAGCAUACAUAUUUUAAGAAAACAUUUUGUUGUGUUGCUUUGGGUGUAAAGUUAAAAAGCCAUUUUUAUAUUAACUGUAUUAUAUGUGAUUAAUGGGCACAGCAGACUAAUUAAGUAAAGUGCUAAAGAAUAAAAAAAAUAAAUGUCAUUGUUUCUUUUACAAAUAA